GAUGAUUCUUCCGACCCAUUUAGCGACACCGUUGCCCUUUCGUUCCCUUCCAAUGCUGCGGCCUAUAGUGAGAUUAGGCCUCACUUAGGAGAGAUUGAUAAGUUGUUGUGGCCCGAAGAUGAUCACAGAAUGGAGCAGGUUGGUACGGAUGGGUCAAUUGAUACCACUGUUUCUCAUUUGUUCCAGGGUUUGCAAGGGGUCAUUUGGCUGAAGAAGAAAAUCAAGUCCUUAAUGGCAACUUUAAAGGAAGUAAGGAGUCAGAGAAAUGAUCUUCGGGGUGAAGUUAGUCGGCUGAAAGAUUCCAAGAAGGAGUCUGAUCAACUCAUAGCUGAUUUGAAGGCUCAACUAGAAUCCAAGGAAGCUGAUGUCGAGAAGUUGAGAGUGACUCUUGGUCAAGUUGAUGAUUUGAAAGCCGAGGUUGCUUCGUUGGAGAAUCGGAUGUUGGUCAUUGGGCUGGAGGCUGAGAUCCAAUGCCGUGGCGUAAUGGCCAGUGAGUUUCGGGAUGGUAAGGCUGAUAGCUGGGAUGUUCCCAAAUACAUUGCUGAUCUUGAGGAAUUGGAGAAGAUGAGGGCUGAAGAGAUAACCCGGGCCGAAGAGUUAGCCACUUCUUUUGGCAUCAUGACUACUAAUGAUCUGGUUGUGGAUGACUGAUUCCUCUUCUACUCGUGUUCAUUGUCGUGGGAUAAUAGAGUUUGUCGGGCCUUUUCUAGUUGUUGUAUGAACUUUUUCUUAUGUAGUAUUGUAUCCUGAUAUAACUGACCUAGUUUUGUUGUAUUAUGGCUUGUUGUAGCUUCUGUUAGUG